CGAGGCUUGUAAACAUUCGCGGGAACAAGGGAAUUUCCAUUUAGGUUAAAAUUGUUCUUCCAGUGAUUAUUUUAAAAGAAUCUGACAAUGAAAAUGAUCAAAAUAAGAAAAAGCAUAUUUGAUAUUGUCAUUUCGUGUAGCAUUGGAGAAAUUCCUUAAAGUUCUGUAAACGAACCUAUCCAGUUGUUUGACAGUUGUCAAAAUGGCUGAUGGAGACGGUAGGCCACCCAGUCUUGAACUUGAUUCAGCUGAUGGUCACGUUUCUAAUAGCUAUACGGAAGUGGAGGGAUCACAUAAUUAUCAAGGUCCACAUGACUGGAGAAAACGUUUACGACCUGUCACAUCGCCAAUUAAAAGCAAAUCACAAGAUUGUUUGGACGCACUUGGUCUCGGAGAUGGUAAGGAAGAGAAACCUUAUAAAAGUCGUCCCUUGCCGCCAUGGAAACAGGAUCUUAUAGAGAGAAACAGAAAGGUUGCAAGACUUGUUCGAAGGGAGAGCUCUGGAAGAUCAAAGAGGAAUGCUGUUGUUAGACGAGAAAGUUCUGGAAGGUCCAAAAAGCAACUUGGAAGUGAGUCACCUUCUGGAAUUGGACGAAAGAAAUCAUUCCGAGGAGGCUGUACAUCAGACAAUGCUUUCACUCAGCAAGUUGUUAAUGAAAAUACUGGCCUGCGACGGAGGAUUUCACCAGCAAAUUCGUUUAAGACCACAAGUGGUGUGAGAAGAACUCCGUCAGACAAGGUAUUAGACCCUAAUGAUCCAGUUACAAAGAAGAGGGUAGAGAGAGUUCGGAGGGCAAGGUUAUAUUUGUUACAACAGAUGGGACCAAAUUCAUUUCUCAUAGUAGGAGAUUCACCAGAGCACAAAUUCAAGGUCAUAAUUGGGCCACAGACAUGCAGUUGUGGUAAGGGCCCACAUUGUGUACAUGUACUGUUUGUGAUGCUGAGAGUUUUUCAAGUCAGUGAGAGUGAUCCCUGUCUCUGGAGCAAACAGCUGAAGAACUAUGAGGUGGAGACUUUGUUCCGAGCUUACAAUGAGAAAAGAACGUUAAAGAUAGAGGCACAGAAACUGCGGCGCAGCUUCAGACCGUCGCCAAAUACUUCCAGAGUACCUUCCCCUGAAGAGACUGUCGCGCCCUCGGAAAGUGAUGCUGGAAGCGUUCGUGAGGAAGACGAUACAUGUCCAAUAUGUCUGCUUGAGAUGCUGGAGGGUGAAAGUCUUCUUAAGUGUGACGGCUGCCAAAACAAACUUCAUCAUCAUUGUAUAACUGUCUGGUUUGAAGAGUGUAAACGUCAGAAUGAAUCACUUAUAUGUCCAUUGUGUAGAACCAGAUGGAAAAAGUCUGUUGUUGAAGUUAAAGGUGAUGAGCCCAUUGCAACAGAGCCCCCUGAAGCUCCACCGAACACCCGUGUGCCGUCCCCACAACAUGACACUGAUAGCACCCGAUUGCCUUAUGCUGAACCUAUCCCUGGGGAAUACAUUAGCAUGUCCACUCCUUGGAUUGAGGUUUUGGGAGAAGACCUGGUGUCUUGUCUGUUUUCACGUAACUGGUCAAUACGAGAAACUGGACUGAAGCAUCUUGGGAAGGAAAUGACACGUGAAGUGGCUCAGGUCGCUGUAGACAGUAAGAUGGGAAUGUCCUUGACCAAUGAAGAGACCAUGAUGAAAUUACUGAAAUGUUGCUUCAGUGUUGUAGCCUUCAUGUGUAAUGAUCCAGUGUACAGAGUGUUUGUUGGAUGUCUGAAAGUGCUACGUUCUGUGUUUAGUGUAGUACCAUCAAGAGAUAUUCAGCAACGCAACAAGUUACAAAUAUUAUUUAAACCCGUUGUAGAUUCUAUUGUGGUAAAAUGUACCGAUGGAAACAGGAGAACUGGUGAGUUGUCCAUAUCAACAAUGAUAGAGCUGGCAAAAGGACAACAGGGAGAGUUGGCACUCGGAAAGGAAUUGGCAAAUUCUGGCAGGUACGGUUUGGGAGGAAUGGCUUUCUUGGUCCAGUGUCUGACAGAGAAGUAUGCAGUAUCUGAAAUAUCAUGGCAGUGGUUACUUGGACGAUUAUAUAUUUUGGAACGUUUGGUGAUAGACUUUCAGACAGAAUUUUUACCUAGACAGAGACCAGACGGAGCGAGCUCAGAAAGCUCCCUUGAGCUUAUUGGAGCUACAUCCAAAGAUGAAGAAGAAGAAAGACCUGAAAAUUAUGAUAGGUUACUUAUUGUAGCAGAGUUUUCCAUAAAAGCGGUUACAAAUCCACAUGCUAGAAUAAGCAGAGUGGCCAAAAGAGUGUUUUUAUUGGCAGCAAGGUAUGCAGCUCAUCUCGAAAAUCUGAUAGAGGAAUUAACGAAGUUGCUCAAUGAUCUUGAUUUUUCUCAUAAAAAGUCUCUGAACAAACAGCUUGAGAAAAUUAUUGCGGACUUCCAGCUGUCUGAGCAAAUAGGGCGGCAACUGCAUGUUCAGAACAGAGUAGAUCCUGAUGUUUCACCUGUAGAUACUCCCAGUAUGACUCCACUAUCCACACCUCGAUGUACCUCCCCAGUAACUGUCGUCUCUGAUGUUCAAAGUGAAGCAGACUGCAAUGUUGGUAAAGACCAUCCUGUCGUACCACCAAACACUCCCAUCAGAGAUCACAGACGGCAUUUGCAGGAUGAAGCUUAUCGGGCAAGUUUUGAUAAUGUUGAAAAAAGUCAAGAAAAUGUGGAAGAGUUCAAAAAGCAGAAAUUCUCUAAAAGUUUAGAUGAUCUAAAUAGUAGUGAAUGUCGGCCAAGGAGCAGGUUGGCAAAAUUUCCGAUUAAAAAGAAAAUAAAAUCUAGGUCAAGGUCACGAUCUCGUACUCCUCAGAGAAUUGGACCAGUUCUAGAAACAAAUCUUGAUGAGGUUAUUAAACUUGAAGAAAGUAGGCAACGGCUAAAUUCAUACGGAAAAAUGAAAAGAGACAUGAAAGUUUCUGUGGCAUCAAAUGAUGAUGAUGAGGAUAUAGAUGAUUUGUCUCUGAGUUUAGACCCUGUCAUAAAUGAUAAUACUGGGUCAACAUUGGCUGUAUCCCCCCCAUCACGCUUGCUGUCCAAUGACCUUGAAACAGAUAUUGAUUCUGUUGAGCCGGAUUUAGACAGUUUGUUGAAACAAAAGUGGAAUUCCUUUGACAAUAUUUUUGAUAAUCAAAGUAAAUCCGCCAAAAAUCAUUCUGUAGACCUCACAAAACAUUCUUUACAUGUUACUCCAAAACUUAAAACAGCAAAAAUUCCUACGUCCUUAGACCUUGAAGGAGGUGGUUGUCAAAAGUCCAAGAGGUCAAUAUCUCCUUGUGCACAUGUUCUUGAACUUAAACGUCUUUCGUCAAUGAAAAAUGUUUCGGAAACGCCAUGCCAGAAUUCACUGUCUCAGUCAAAGAAUUGCACAGUUAUCAAUCAGGAUGAAAAGAAGCAAAAAUGUGAAGAUACGGAAAUAUCUAGGGGACAGGUAGAAAUUAGCUCUGGACGUCACGCCAGUUCUUCUCCAUCACAGACACCAGGAAGACCACUUUCUGCUACAUAUAGAUCAGAUGACUCAAUAGAUUAUACGGCUAGCACCCCUUGCUCUGGAAAAGAGAAGCCUGUUACCUUUCAAACAGAAGUUGCCUUGGGAACUCCAAAACAUUCUCCCAGUCAUACUCUUGACAAAGAUGAUGAUGAUUGUCACUGUAAAGAAGAAAUGGAAAAAGAGGAGGCUUUAGCAUUAGCCAAGGCAAUGGAGGUGUCGUCUAACGAUCCACCGACGCCUAUUGUCCCGGGUCUCACACCCCUAGAUCAGGAGGAAGUGAUUACCAUACGCAUACAGCCAGAGAACUGUAAUGAAAUAGACAACAAUGGGAACCCACCUCUUUUGUAUUAUGAGAAUGUACAUUGGGUCAAGGGGUCGUUGUUAGGAACUGGGGCAUUCAGCACAUGUUACCAGGCUAGAGAUAUAAAAACAGGCACGAUAAUGGCACUGAAGCAGAUAUCAUUCUGUCGUAAUUCUAAGACAGAACAAGAGAAUGUGAUAGAGGUUAUAACUGAAGAAAUCCACAUGAUGGCAAAAUUGAGCCAUCCACAUAUUGUACGUAUACUGGGUGCUACAAGACAGGGUUGUCACUUUAACAUGUUUGUAGAGUGGAUGCCAGGAGGUUCCGUGGCAUUUCUUCUGGGACAGUAUGGAAAGUUUUCUGAGGAGGUGAUUACAAGUUACGUUUUACAGGUGUUGAGGGGCUUGGCUUAUCUACAUGAAAAUCAUACUCUACAUAGGGACCUCAAAGGUGCUAAUUUACUCAUAGACAGUACAGGUCAAAGGUUAAGAAUAGGAGAUUUUGGGGCUGCAGCAAGACUGGCAUCUAGGUCUACAGGUGCUGGUGAAUUUCAGGGACAGCUUUUAGGGACCAUUGCUUUCAUGGCACCAGAGGUGUUACGAGGUGAGAACUACGGAAGAGCUUGUGAUGUAUGGAGCGUGGGAUGUUGCCUUAUAGAGAUGGCGACUACAAAGCCGCCAUGGAAUGCUCAUGACAUUUCUAAUCACCUCGCACUCAUAUUUAAGAUAGCUAAUGCUCAAUCAACUCCGCCUAUCCCUGAGAAAUUGUCACCUCCAUUACGAGACCUGUUACUGCGCUGCCUGGAAACAGUGAAAGAACAGCGGCCGUCUGCCAAGGAACUGCUUCUCCAUCCACUCUUUACACAGUAUAUGCAGAAAAGACAUUAACUUUACACACUGUAUGCAGAAAAAGUUAUGCAAAUAUCUGUGAGAAGCUUUACUGGAUUGAUUAUCAAAUAAUUUCUUGAGUAAAGUGAAAUUACUGGUAGCAGUGUUUUGCAGAUUUUACUUUUAAAUGUAAAUUCACAUGCAAUUGCCUGUAUUGAAGUUAUUUUCGUAAAAGGUUCAGGCUUUAAGCCUGUGCAAAGGUUGUCAAUUCUCAUAUUUGUAUGAGUUUCUUGCAGGACUUAAGUUUGUUUAUUUUUUUAGUGAUAUCUGUUUAAAAUGUGGGUAUCUGUUGGAUAUAAAGUGUAUGUAAACAUUAUGAAAUCCUGGAUGUGUUGUAAAACAAUGGCAUAAAUCUGAUAAACAACACUUUAUCCAACUUAAUAAGUUAACAUGAAAUGGAAUUAUUAUUGUGAACAUUGGCACUUACUGAUGCGUGGGUUUUUGUUCUACGUUCUACAUUAAGUAGAAACAGUCGGUCAUGAAAACUUAAUAAUGCCUUUAAAUUGUUAGUGUUGAGGUAUGAUAAAACAGUUUUAUUGGUAUUACUUGCGUUUUAUUUCUAAUAGCAUUACAUUUACUUGAAAGUGCUCAGGGCAUGUUUAAGCGUUUUCAAGCUUAUUGAUAUUUUACUGUCUUAAUUUUUAAAAAUUGUCGUCAAGUGACAUGUCCAUAAAUGUUACGUCAUGUUUUAAAAGUUUUAAAAUUUGUGCUAUUUCGUUUUAUGAAUAAAAUAAGCAGUAGACGUUUACAGAAGGGACAUGUGAUUUUUUUCUUCAUGUGUAUAUACUUUUUUUUUCUACGGCAUAAACAAGUGAUAUAAAUAUUUUUCAAACUGGAGCAUAGGUGAAUUAUUUUGUACAUACACAUUUGUAUAUUGAUAUAUCACUGUGUGACAUAUGCAGUGUUUUUAGCAAAAGUAUUAACAUAUCCAUUACACAUGUACAUUCCAUGUAGUGAUCAUACUUUACAUGAUUACGUCUGCUGUAGAUUGGGUUUUUUACUCAAAGCUUUUAAUUUCAUGAUUUAACCUUUAGCCUACUAAAUUUCUAAAAUGGACUGGUCCAUCAGUGCAGUGGUCGCAAAGGCAGAAUCAGUUGCCGCAAGCAGGUUAAAGGUUAAUACUCGCCACCAUACGAUAUUAUUCUGUUUGACAUAAUACUGGUGAAAAUCUAAGGUGUCUGUAAUAGAAUAGACUAGAAUAGGAUAGAAUAGAACGAAUUUUAUUUCCAAUCAUGGGUCAACUACAUGACAUAAUUAUGAAUCACAGUAUAAAUUCUGAACAAUAACAAAAGUUGAUUAUUAAGUAAAUGAAGUUUAAACACAAUUCACAAAGGUUUGUAAAGAACAAAGACAUUUACAAAAAUACUUUAAUAAGUUUUAGUGUUUUCUUGAAUAUUCGCAAAAAUUAAACCACAAUCUACAGUAGUAAUAAGGGCUUUGUCUUUUUACUCUGACCAAAAAAUAAUAAACUACCUCUUCUGUUAUUCAUAUCAGUGACUUGAAGCCAAAACUGCUGUGUGGGUGUUUGUCAUACAUGUUACUGAUAAUGAAUAUUAUUGUUGUUCUCUUUACUCUUGUUUCAUUUUACUCGAAACAUAAAAUGAGCCGCGCCGUGAGAAAACCAACAUAGUGCGUUUGCGACCGGCAUGGAUCCAGACCAGCCUGCGCAUCGGCGCAGUCUGGUCAGGAUCCGUGCUGUUUGCUAAUGGUUUCCCUAAUUGCAAUAGGCAUUGAAAACGAACAGCAUGGAUCCUGACUAGACUGGGUGGAUGCGCAGGCUGGUCUGGAUCCAUGCAGGUUGCAAAUGCACUAUGUUGGUUUUCUUGCGGAGUGGCUCAAAUGUGUGGUUUGUAUUAAAACACUAGAUGAAUUUUAUAUGUAUUUCAUGAGAAGCAGGUCUUUUCCUAUCGCAUCAAGCGAACAGAAAUUGAAUUUUGCUUAGGUAGCUUUAUAUCCACUAACAAAGGGUUUUCUCUAACUGAAUAUGCAUUUAAGGCUCUCUGAAGUUAAAAUGUUGUAGCUAUGCUUAUAGAACUGUAUUCAUUAUGAAAAUGAAAAAUAUUUCUAUAUUUUUCCAUAACAAUACAACUAGUGUAACAGAGAUAACAUUUCUUAUAAGGUAAUGGACCUGUAAUGAAGCUCGGCAAUGGCCAUGUAAUACGUGUUUCCAAAUUAUACUUGGGUUUUCUUAAGCUGUAACUGUAGCAGCUUUCCUCACCAGUUGGGAAAUGCCGGUAUCGCAUAUGGAGAUUAUGUAAUCAAAUGGAAAUUGCCAAUUACGAUAUUACGGGUCCAAUAUCUUAAAUUUAGGUUUUAAGCAUUUUAUAUUUUUAAGGACUGUGGUAUAUUUACAUGCUUUUGGAAUAUUCUGGACCUUUUUAUAAAGUUUUUAAUUACAGAUUUAUUUAAACUGACCCAUGCGUGAAGAUUUUAAUUAUGAAAUAUUACAUUUGUGUGUUUGUGUAAUCUCUAUAGAGUCUUAAUAUCAGAAAGACUACUAUCUACCAGUAUAUUUAUUGUAAUGGGAAGAAACUGUCGUACUCUGGCAGUGUUAUUAAAGUUUGUUUUAGUAUUAAUGUACAUGCAUAAUACAUAUAGCAAAAUGCAAAAGUUUUUCUAUUACUUGAAGAAAUGAAAUUUUAAUUGAAAAUGUAAGUUCUUAAAAGUGCAUAAUAUUAUUGAGAUGAGGAGUUUCAAACUAAAGUUAUUACAAACAUCUUACAUGUCAUUUUUGCAUAUCUGAUAUUGGAUUAAGAAACUCAUUUAAUUAGCUCAUAAUAUUGUGUCUGAAACUUUUGUGUCCAUGAAUUCAUGUAAUGCCCAGUACUAUUCUUGCACUACCGAGUUCACCUGAGCACUUACAUUUUCAACACAGGAAGUAGGUUUUUUAAUCACCAAAUGUGGUAUAGUUUUACUCUGUUGUUUUUUGUUGUUUUUUUGCUGUAGAAUCUAUUGCUUGGAGCAUGGGUUUCAAUCUUUAAAGAACUUCUGUUUUUAUUUGCAGUUUAAUUCAACAUAUUGAGAUAACUAAAAAAUCCAUGAAAGUUAGUAUCCCACAAAUAUUUAUGAUUUUAUCAUACUGUAUUUAAUUGUCUGUCCAUAUGCCAUACAUUGCCAUUGUGUGUUGUAUCAUUCCAUAAUCUGUGUAUAUGUUGUUGAAUUGUAAAACUUCUUGUCUUGUUGUGUGUCUUAUUUAUUUUUGCAGCAUUUCAUUUCCUGUGACCAAAUUUUGGGUGGUGGGGAAUGGGAAUUAUGGGUCCCUUUAAAAGUGUUUUGUCCAAUGAGCUGAUAAUUUAAUUGACAUUUGAUAAGUAUAACCACGUAUUGAUUUUAAGGUAAAAAGGGAGAACCGUUCAGUUUUGUUGUUUAUUUUGGUCAGUUUUCAUAACUACUCGAUGUUAUUGGUGAUUGUACCAUGGAAAUUGUGCCUAGUAGCGGAUAGUUUUCCCUCAUUAUUUUUGAGGUAAAGUUUUCAGAAACACUGUUAUUACCAUGGCAGAGGCUUGCUACUUCAUUUCAAAAUGAAAAGCAUUGUGGGUACUUCAUUUCAAAAUGAAAAGCAUUGUGGGUACUUCAUUUCAAAAUGAAAAGCAUUGUGGGUACUUCAUUUCAAAAUGAAAAGCGUUGUGGGUACUCCAUUUCAAAAUUAAAAGCAUUGUGGUUACUUCAUUUGAAAAUGAAAAACAUUGUGGGUACUUCAUUUGAAAAUGAAAAGUAUUGUGGGUACUUCAUUUGAAAAUGAAAAACAUUCAUUGGGAAACAUCACAUAGUAAAGUGAUGUAAAAAUAAUAUAAAGAAGUUAAAAUGCAAAAGACUGCUAAAGGUCAUUGCCCUGGAGUUGAAAUAAAUAUAUAUUUUUUCGUAUACAGUUAAGUAUUUAAUGUCGAACUUCUUGUUGCUUUUAUGUUGAUUUUUUUUUCUAGAAUUCCAUUAUCCUAAUAAUUCCUCCUUAUGCCAAAGACGUGUGGUUUCUUGUAUGAUUUAUUUUUUGUGUAAAACGUAAUGCUUUUGUGUAGUUAAAAACUUUAAUGUGAUUUUUUUUUGUACAUGUAAAUUUUUUGAAACUUGUUGUACCCAUUUGGUUGUUAAUUUUAUAUAGCGUCUGUGUGUAAGUACAUGUAUAUUUGCUGGUCAAGAGAAGGUAAAUCUAGUCAGUUGAGAGAAUCUAUAAGGUUUUGAUUACAGGGAAAGGAGUUAAUUUUGUUUUAUAAUAAUUGUUGUGAACCUACUCCCGAUGUGUGCAGAAAGUGUUUGGAAAAUGCAUCAUACAGAUUGGGUUUGAAUUUGUCAGGAUGAAAUGUAUUACAAACUUCCCACAGAUGAAAGCUCCCCUGCUCUCUUUGGCCAUGAUUGAAAAAAUCUUCCUUUUGAUUUGUUGAAUAAAAAAUUCAAAACUAAACAAAGAUGAACAGAAAUGUUAAAAAUCACAAUUUUUAAGACGAUAAUUAUCAAUUCUAAGUUGAAAGUAAUUAAAAACUUGGUUAUACAUAUAAAUACAUGAUUUUGUAUUCCUUGGUCAGAUUGAGAAGUGGAUGGCCUUGUCCGGGGGGGUUGGGGAGGGAUUUAUCCCAUAUUCCAUCAUGAUUGGUUUCCCAACUGAGAAUAUUUUUUUAUUAUUAUUUUAAAAAGUUCAAAUGCCUCUAUUAGGCAUUCAUGUUAGUUUGGUUUCAGUAAAGGAGUCUGCAUGGUUACUGGUUUCGUAAAUGUUUUUGUAGAUUUUAAAUUUUUUAUCCUGUAGCUGCAGUUGUGUGCUUUUGAACAAAGGACUUCUGAAAUAUCUGCUAUACAAGGGGCUUUAAUUGUAAUAAAAUGCAGCUGAAAAUUUUCCGAACUAUAUUCCAUAUAACCUUGAUGUUACUAAUAAUGUUACAUGUUAGCACUUUAUCUACUGUUGUUUUUUUAUAAACAGUUAUAAAUAGCAUAAUGUAUAAAUAAGCAUCAGUUAACUACAGAAUUUAAUCUUCCUUACUUUUCUAAAAGAAUGAAAAUGAAGAUGUUAAUAUUGAUGAAGAACGUAAGGCUAGUAAAUUACCUGUAUUUGUGGAUUAUAGAAAUGACUUUUAAAACUAAAUAAAUACCCAUGCUAUUUGAUAACUAUAGAUUUAAUUUUGCAGUAUUUUGGUUUCUGAACACAAAUACAUUAUUUGUACUAAUAUCAGCAUUAAUUGAAAUUUUUAACUCUGAAAUACAAGGCUAAGUUGUGAAAAGAAUUUUGCAUAAUUUGUUUCAAUAUUUACAUGAAAUUGUCAGUCAUGACCAUUUUAAUUGGUCAUUUCAACUACUGGAUUGUUUUUUCACAUCAGUAUUUCAUAGAGAGCAAAGUGGCAAUUGUUAUAAUAUACAGUUAUUGACAGCAAGCCGUUCAAUAAGUGUUUAAAUACUUGAUAUAAAAAAUUAAUUUUCAGGUUGAUUUUUAUAUUUUUGACUUAUUUGCCCAGUGGCGAUAUAGAUAGGGAGUGGUGAAACAAUUGUUUCUAUUUUUGCUGCCAGAACAACCAUGGCACACUUUGGAAAAAUUGAGAUUUCUAAAGAUUCAAACUUUUAGCAGUAUUUAAAGAACACUCGGCAUUUUAUAUUGAUGCUUGCAUGUUUAAAAUAGUUGUUUCAAGGAAAAUUAUGACACAGUGUUUUAUCAGAUUAGGGCAUGGUCUUCAACUUUCAAAUUUAUUGUUUCCCUUUGAUGGAAUUUUCAUGAAAAUUUAGAGUAUGAAACCUUUUAUUGAUCGCUUGGAAUUCCUGUGCAUUUGUUGGUAUGAACUCUUCAUUUUACAUUCUCCGAGAUAUCUUAUAUUACUCAUUUCAUUUAAGUUCACUGAUUAAUCAUGAAUCAUGUUCUAUUUUCAGAUACAAAUAUCAUUUUAUAGAUCAUGUACACAUCACUUGACUAAUUUUGUACAUCUACUUUUAGAAAUAAUGAAUUAUUUUUGUGAUUCAUAUUGCAAACAUAUUAGAAUGUUUACAUCUGUUACUGAUUGGCUCAAAAUAAAACUUGAAUCUAUUA